UGCUGCUAUCUUUGAUCUCCUGACUCAGUUUAGGUCAGCAUUUAAUCCAAAUCAUAAGUACUCGGCUCUAAUAAAAACCCCAGACCCGGACCUCACAAUGUUUUCCGAUCCCUCCCAGGAGUCACAGGCAACGCAAACGGAGGCGCAGCCUGAUUAUGCGCCCGUCUGCGUGCCGCUGUUAAUGGUGGACGAGGAUGGACGGAAGCGGUACUGCUACCAUGGUGGCAAGUGCAAGUGCUCACAUUGUGCCAGGAUCAAGGCGGAACAGAACCAGAAAAUGGACCAGGAGCUUAUGUCCUAUCUUCCGCCCUGGAAGGUGCAGCUGGUCCCACCCAUUCGAAUGGUGAAGCCGAAGCAGUAUCGCCUGGAGGCUCGGCGAGCAGCUCCGGAAUUGGCCCAGCGCCUGAAGGAGGACCAUGAGCGUCUGCGGCAGGAGUACCCCAUUUACUAUCUACCAGACCGGUACCUCUCCGGUGCUUCGGCCUGGAACCUGCCCGGACCGCAACACAAGGAGACUCAGACGGAGAUUCCCAUCGGAAAAUACGGCAUCGAUGGCUGUCCGUGUACCAACAAGUCUCUCUGCUACGAUAUGUAGGUCUGGACAGGAUUCGGCAGGGAAUAAGAAUGAGUCAAAAGUCACGGGUGGGAAAAGAUCUAUUAAUCUCGGCAAAAAUAAAGAUGGAAAUUUUGUAAAAAUAAA